ACCGGCACACAUGUUUUUGUUUAUAUUCUGGUUUAUAUUGGUUUAAUAAAAACAAAAUAUGUUGCGUGGUACACAAACAAAGAAUAAUUUAUUAGACGGCGGCACCAUUGCAGAGCAAUUGUAUGCUACGCCCAAGGACUGCGAGGAUAUUUUCGAUAGCAUCGAAAAGCCAAGCGCGUUGAUCGCCACGCCGCGGCCCACAUUUAUACGCUCUGGUGUUUUGACAACAGUGCGCGGCUCCGCAUACAUGGAGUAUGGCAAUACCAAAGUGCUGGCUAUUGUAGCUCCACCGCAUGAAUUGAUGCGUGCAAGUGCACGGCGUGUAAACAUGGGCGUUCUGAAUUGCUAUGUAAAUUUUGCCGCUUUUGCCACCGGCGAAUUGGAAUCUGCGCCGGAAAGAGAGAGACACCUUGGUAGCAUGCUAACCAAGGCCCUGGAGCCGGUGGUGUGUCGCAACGAGCUACUUAACUUUCAGCUCGACAUACGCGUGCUCAUACUAGAUGACGAUGGCUGUCUUUUGAGCACUGCUAUUAAUUGCUGUGGCGUAGCUCUGGUGGAAUGUGGCAUAUCUACAUAUGAUAUAAUAGCCGCCUCCACAGCGUGCAUAUAUCGAGACCAUGUUUUCGUUAAUCCAGAUGCUAAAGUAGAGGAGUUGUUGUGGCAGCAUAGAGGCGGCAAUGCUUUAGUGGGCGCUACGGCAGACACUACGUCCACACCGCCAGUUGUCCGGGAGCACGGUCUUCUAGUCACGGCUAGCAUGGACACUUUUGAGCAGAUAGCGCAGUGUCAACAGUGUGGUUAUCUUAAACCAGCAACAUACGCGCGCCUGUUAGACUGUACAUUGGAAAUAAAUAAAAGUUUGCGAGAGCUUAUUAAGAAUACGAUUAGGGCCCGCGUCAAGGAGCAGUAUGCUCUUGACCUUCGUGAGCAAGCAGAGAGCGCGCAGGAGGAUGAGCGCCUCAAAACUGUCAUCGAGAGCCUCAAACAGCAGGGCCUGGACGAAUUCAUACAAUCGAACAUUAAAGAGGAUCCCUAUACGAAAAGAUAAUUACUAGGAUUGUUUUGACCGAAAGAGGAAAAUAAAAUAUCUUUUAAUAGAUUUUGCGCUUAAA